AUAUUCUCCACGGAUUGUGCAAAUAAAUUCCGUAGCAAUUUAGGUUAAAAGCUGAUUUAAAUAACUAUUUCUCGCGGAAGUGAUCGCUCAUCGUCUGUGUACUAUGAUUAACUUACCGAAACACGCGUGCAGAUUGAAUUUGUACCCAUCAAUUCGGAAUGUGACAGUGAAAUAUGUUCGCCAUCAGAGCAGCAGCAGCAUUCCAGCUUCGCAGUCACCAAAGGGAAAAGAGAAAAUUGUUAUUCCCGCAAGAGUUGAACGUGGACCCACGGAUAUUCUAAACGCACUAUCCAGCACAGUGGGUUUCGAUCCUACGGCAGCACACUACAAGUACCAUGAUGAUCCGUUCCUAAUUCCGAUUACCAACUCGAACAAGAAAUCAUUCGCCAUGGCCCAGGAAGCUGGCCGGAAGGCUGCUCGCUGGAUCAGACAGGAGAAUUCUAAAUUGUUUCAGCACAAAGAAGCAGAUCCGCCGGUUGAGGCGUUCAUUCCGACGAUGAUUUAUACCGAGGAAAGUCAAGUGGAGGAAUCAGAUUUGCAAAAGUUGAUUGACAAUGCUGAGGUGAAGGAUGCCGUCUUGGUGUACCAGCUGCUGCAAAAGAACAACGUGGAAAUUAAGCCUGAGGUGAAGCAGUCACUCUUUGAAUUGUUAUGUUUUUUCAAUCACGAGGAAUCACUUCCUGAUGAGUAUAUUGAGGAACGAUGGUUUCGUCAAGGCGUUGCUGAAAGAGGUAAUCGUCAGAAAAAGACUUGGAAAGAUUUUGAGUUGGGUGAGCAACUUUUUCACGAGGUGCAAGAUAAACAACCAAAGCAUUAUUGUGCCCUGAUCCGGGGGAUGGCCAAAUACUACCAAGUAGAGAAAGCUUGGGCACUCUACCAGGAAUCGAUUGAAAAAGGAAUUCAACUUGAUACAACUACUUUCAACAGCUUGCUUCAGAUAGUCUCGUCGCUAAGGGAAGGCUAUGAAAAGCGCUGGGAACUGCUAUGCGAAAUUAUGACAGUUAUGAAUACCCAAGGUUUGCGACCGAAUGUUGGUACACUUAAUGCAGUUUUGCAAGCGAUUAGCACAAUUGGAGGCUACAAUUAUCCUAGAAAUUAUGCCGUAAAAACUUUGGCUGAAUUUCGGAGGCUUAAUAUCGAGCCUUCGCUUGCCAGCUGGUAUCACGUUUUAGUCAUUUUCUGUCGAGAACGUGGACCAGUCAGUCACGUACUUCACGACAUUAUGAACGAAAUCGAAAACAAAGAGUUUAAAAUAUUAGAUCCAAAGGAUACAUUAUUUUUUGUAACGGCCAUGGAUGUGUGCCGGAAUCAUUUGCAUGACAAGGACCUAGCCAAACGUGUCGACGCCUUGCUUCACUAUAAGGACAACUACGACUUGAUUGGAGAUUCGUACAAGGAAUCCAUUUACUACCGGCACUAUUUUAGUCUUCUUUGUACUGCUGAACCAUUGGAAACUUUCAUGCAAACAUACCACAUGCUUGUUCCAAACGUUUAUAUCCCUGAACCCACAAUAAUGGAGGAAAUUUUGAAAUCCAUCGACGCUAAUGGUGCCACCGAGCAUUUACCUCAAAUUUGGUCUCACAUGAUCCAGUUUGAGCACACUAGCCGCGAGAAUCUGCUCACUUUGGUACUACAAAUUAUCAUCACAAAUCCGUCAAGCGAUCCUGAGACAGAUGAGCGGUACACAACUAUUGCAUGGGACAUGUACAACAGGCUGGAGGAAUUGCUUGCUGCCGGAAAUCGCAGUCGACCGCAGGUAACGUCUCUCUCCGGACCCAUCCUUGGUGAUAUAUUAACCAUAUGCUGCCGAGGCAAAGACAUGGUUAAAGCGCAGACCGUAUUCGAGAAACUGAACAGCCAACAGAAUUCCAUUGUUGGAGAUCCGGGGCUGGAGUCGCUUCGUCUAUUUAUCCAGCUCUGCAUUGACGAACGACAACCCAGCUUGGCGAUCGGUUGUUUGCAGUAUUGCGCCGAGAGUGGGUUCCCGGAAAGUGUCGACCUGGGUCGGCAUAUAUGCUCUUCGUUAACGCUGGAUGAGACGCACACGGCAAAGGUCAAGCGUAUCGUUGGACCCGCAGCACUCGAACAACCGACUGUGGACGAUGCGAAAAGUAAGUAACUUAGUUAUUUGGAUGUAGCAAUGAUACUGUGAGUAGACGGAAUAAUAAAAAAU